UGCGGGAAGUGACGAGUGUGUUGAAAACAAGGAGAAAGGAAGUCAUCCAGUGGAGUUGGUGAUCUGUAGAUGUUUGCCUUCUAAAUAUGUUCUGUUUGAAUGCUGCACAAUAAAAGGCAGUCUGUACUUCAAAGGACUUGUUUCUUCACAGUAACCAACAAUGAAAGGGCGGCGCCCUACUUCUCCAAGCAGUGGAAUCUUUGAGACCAGACUUUCGUUCAAUAGCGUGUUUCCUUUGUGACACUCUUUCAACACCUGUCUUUCCUCACAAUACCCUUUUCACAAGCAGCCCUGGGGUAAAAUGUCAUUGUCCACAGUCAAUAAAAUCGUCAGUCCAAGUAACCAAGGAGUGUGCAACCUCUUUAAAGAGGUACCUACGAAAUAAAGGGAAAAAAAUCCACAACGUGGGCGACGAUGAAGUAGUGUAAAAGUUAUCUGAUCCAACCAAGAGGCCGAUUGACUGACGGGGAAAAAUAAAUAAAAAUAACCUAUGUUUUCCUGACAUUGUCAUUGGUCAGUGUACAUUUGAGAUCAGUGUACAAGGAGCGUUCUCAUUGGUCAGUGUGCUUGUAACAGCAGUGUAUACGGAACAUUAUUAUUGGCUAGAGUAAGGUCACUACAUCUGGAUCGCUUGUAUAAAAUGUGAGCUACUGAGGACAUUGGACAGUGUCAUUUUUUGUUUUCCAAGAGUGUUGCUGUUUCUCAGUUGGUUUUUCAACGUAAUAGUGAGUGUAACAGGUCUAGAAGCUUUUCACUAAAAUGGAAGAAGCAUCGUGCAUUGAUUAUCUUUCAGAUGAAAUGCUUCUGAACAUUUUUCAAUAUCUUACAGACUUGAAGGAUUUGUUGACUCUGCGUUUAGUGAACAAGCGGAUAGCGUCCGUUGCCAUGGAUAAUGUUUUCACGCAGCAUGUUGUCGUUACCAGACGAUAUCACGUGACUACGGGUAUGUUGAACUCUUUUAUAUCUCCAGUAGCGGACAAAAUUAACUCCCUUGAUCUGAACUUAUGCUAUUGGAUUGAGCUGAAAGACUUAAACUGUUUGCUGAGUUGUAAGAAUCUUCAUACAUUGCACAUGUUGCAGGUAAGAGUCGACGAGGUCUUUCUGUGUGACAUUUUAACCCAUCUGCCUAAUUUGACCAGUCUGUCCUUUUCAAUUACUCACAUUGGAAAACUUCAGCACCAAUUGAGUCUCUGCCAGGCAGCUCGGGAUUGUUUGUCACGGAUACGCCGGCUGGGCCUUCACUUCUGCUACCACAGCCAGUACAUGCCGGAUCUGUCGUUAGAAUCCGGCGAUGGAGCACGUUUCAUGCAGAAUUUUAAAUGUCUGGAAGAGGUCCACGUUUAUGGCAGUCUCUACAGCCCUUGUAAGGCCAGGUCUUUCUAUAUUAUGCCCGAUGUGAUGGAUGCGUCCAUUUUUUCCAAUUUAAAAGUGAUGUCUCUGAAAUACUCAAAUGAUACUAGAGCGACAAGUUUCUUCUUCGGUAUUUUACGCCAUGUCUGCAAGGGUCAAGUCCAACUGAACACAUUACUUCAACCUUCUUACAGAUUAAAUUGCGAAUGGAGAGCAGAUGAUUACAAUAUGUCAGUCAAAAACAUGUCAACUUUGAUUCAUCUUGACAUCUUCGGUACCAACAUGGCUAUCCCCAGCGAGUUUUUCAACUUAGUAACAGCCAGAAAUUUAGUUUACCUUAACUUGUCCGGGAAUUCCCAAAUUAGUUCAGAAAGCUUGAAGUUUUUGUCGCAAAGUUGCCCGCAGUUAGUCAGUGUAAACCUACAAUGUUGUCGCUAUAUAUUUUACCAAUCAGCUGAUCCUUUUCUGGAGCCUGAUGAAAAUAACCCUUUAGUCAAGGAUCUCACUGGUAUCGAGAGCUUAGUGCUUAAUUGCAUACAAUUAAAAAACUUAAAUAUCAGUGCGGCACACCUCCAUCCUCCUGAGUUGGGAUCUAAACCUUUCAAAACUUUAAGCCAGAUCUUGGCUUUAAAACCUAACUGGCACAGUCUAGCAUUCUCACCGUGCUGUCUGUUUGCAGACGACAAUAAUCUAAAUAGAGACAGACAAGAUCCUGAUGACAUCGGACGAUGCAGCGUGUGUCACUUACCGCUGACCGAAAGGUUAAAUCCUUCUGCACCUUCAUGCACAUGCAUUUCAACCCAAGCUGCCCUUGACCUUGAAAGACUGAUAAGAGCGACUCCUGACAUGAAGAACUUUGAACUCUGUUGCCCAGAUUACCCUUCAGCCUUUUUUUACGGCCUUCACCUGCCAUUCGACGUGUUCUCUGACUGUCUCAACAAGACACUAUCUGAUUGUGAACUGGCAUGCACAAGUGCUUGGACAAAGCUGACCUCACUCCAACUCACGGGCAUCGAAGGAGUCGAUCUUGGAGUCCUUCUCUGGGCUUUAUCAAAGAGCUGCCUGUCUCUUGAAAAACUUUCCAUUUCCUGCUACUCCUCUGACAGGGUACGUCUGGACAUCACAUCUUAUCCAUCUUUCUCGAGACUGAGGGACUUUCGAAUACAGCAUCCUUACCUUUCAGCCAACAAAUAUUUGGUCUCAUCGCUUGCCCAAUGCCCAAACAUUGAGAGGAUCUGCAUCGUCUCAAAAAUAGCCAGAUUUAAUGCUGACGCCAUCAAGCAGCUGUUCGAGGUGUCGACCAAUUUGAUAUGUUUUCAGCUUUACAGCCUGGCGCCAGCUGAGGAGUGUCAAAAUCUGCAGGACUUCUUGGUGGAAAGGUACAGCCGAUACCGUCCUGCUCUCCGGGUUUGCAUCCAGGAUGCAAUGAUCAAAGAUAUCCAUCAGAUUGUCAGAGAUACGCUUCCAGAGAUUCAUAUUGACGAAAUGACCAUUCUUCAGUCCAGCGUUGCUGCUGUACCGCCUUAGAUUGUGAACUGAUACAACCGAUGACACGGUACCCCCUUUAUCAUUCUAUUAGAUAAACCUUAUGGGCAGAACUAUAUGUUAAAUAUUCAAAGAAACAAACUUCUUUUUUUUUUUCAGAAUUUAUUAUUUUAUGUAAACAAUUGCAAAACUGAUGUACCGCCUUAGAUUAUGAAGACAUACUACAGAUUAAAAUAACUACGUAUUAUCCCCCGUAUCAUUCUAUUCGAUGCUCUAUAUGGCAGAACUAUAUACUCAAUACUCAAACAAUAAAAAAAAUUUAAGCAGUAGGCCUUUUUUUUUUCGGAAAUUGACAAAAAAGUAAUUUUAAAGUUAUUUUACUGUUUGAAUACAUUUAAGUACUAAAUUAAAUAGUAAAUGUAAGGAAUAGGUUCAGUUUCCCACAUCCCUCUUCAUUCUUGGACACAUCAGUUGUGGCUGUUUGAGCCUACAAAAUUCAAGUGAUAUUCAUGCUCUUUACGCCUAUAUUUGUUUCAAAUCUUGCUGCCCAGUGUUUAUAUGGCCCCAUUAGGUUAUAGGCCCAUGUUCUAAUUAAUAUAAAUGAGUGCUAUGUAAACUUAGACAAAAAUUGACUAAAUCUAAAUUUGAGUACCUGUACCAUGCAUAAUAAAAGUAUCUGCAAAAAGAAGAUAUGAUAAAUAUGCAUGUAGCACUAACUUUCAAUUAUUUUUUUUUAAAGUAGGCAAUUUUAAUUUUGUCUUUAGAUGAAAAUAUAAAAAAAAAUAAUAUGUGUAGUUUCUUACUCUGAUUUACAUUUAUUUCUAUGCACAGAGAGAGAGAGAGAGAGAGAGAGAGACAUAAUAUAGAUGCAAAUAAAUGCAUUUUUAAACUUUAUAUUUUAAGUUGUAAUUAUCUAAGAGUAAUGUUAGAUAAACAAAGAUUAUUUAGAAAAUAAAAUUGUCAUAAUUAUGUUAAUAUCUUCAAAUGUUCAGUUAACUAAUGAAUGUUUAGUUUUAAAUGUCAUGUUUUAAAUAUUCUGUUCUUAUUAUCAUAUGAAAACUUUUUUCAUGCAUCCAACCUAAAAAUCCUAAUUAGCACGAAACAGUAGGACAGCUUGUGUACGAUGUUUUAAGAAUACAACUAAUGUAUCUGUAGAUAUAAAGUGGUAUAUAUGUUUGUGCAUAUUCCAUUUGUUUGGACGUUUUAUUGAUUUUGAAAUACAUUUAUGAGAUACAUUUUUUUAAUGUUUUUUUUUUUUUAAAUUAAAUGGAUAAUAUU